AUGCGUGGCGUGGCGUGGCGUGGCGUGGCGUGGCGUGGCAUGGCGGGGCGGCACGGGUCGGAGGGCCGACCUCCUACAGGGUCCCGCUCCGCACCUCAGAGAUCCCUGACGUCACCACAGCACAGUCCAUCAAACUCUGGGACAAGUCGCAUUGUAUACGCACAAUGCCGCAAAGCUGUUAUAGCGGAAUCACAAUAUCACACACAAUACCCAUUCUAUGAGUGGGAUGAACACAACGUGUAUUCUGCAACCACACUAACAAGACCCAUGGAUGAGCACAAAUAUGUUUCUCCACAUGAACUUCUGGAUUUUGACCAUCAACCAUUGUCAGCCAUUGGAAAGUCUGUUCCUUAUGCAAGUGAGUUAGUGAGAAGAGAUACAUCAAAACCUAUGAAGGAUUGGGAACCUGAAGAAGUUAUCCAAUGGUUCUGUGAGGAAGCUCGAAAUUCUAAUGUUGAUUUUGAGAAUAUCCAGUUGCCACAAUUUAGUAAUGUGAAUGGCUGUAAACUACAAAAUAUGACUUUGGAAGAAUUCACUCAGAAGGAUUAUCAUUAUGGCAAAUUCCUCUAUGAUGCUGUCCGAAGAUACAUGGGCAGAGAAGCAGCCUUUCUAGAUGAUAAUUUGCCACCUUUUAAUAACCUAAGACCAAAAGAUGAAGUCAUCUAUACAGAUCUGAGUGAUUCUCUUGGCAAACCAGCACUUUCAGUGAUUGCUGAUAAUGAUUCCUAUAAUGAUAGUGAUGCUUCUUCUCAUGAGCCUUUUGAAACCAAACCUCCAGUUAUUGCUGCAAAACUUCCUGGACCUCCUGGAGGAAGACGGCCAGUUGGUAGACCACCUAAACCAACACGUACAAAGAGAGGAAAUAAAGAAAAGAAAUGUGGAAGAUUAUGGGAGUUUAUUCGUGAUCUCCUCUUAAAACCUGAGUAUUGUCCAAGCCUUAUUUGUUGGGAAAAUCAUGAAGAAGGAAUCUUCAGGUUUGUCAGAAGCGACAAAGUAGCUGAACUUUGGGGGACAAUUAAGGAGAAUCCCAAGAUGACUUAUGAAAAACUUAGCCGAGCCAUGAGGUAUUAUUACAAGAGUCAAGUUCUGCAACCAGUGCUUGGCAGAAGAUUAGUGUACAAAUUUGGACCCACCGCUAGAGGCUGGAGGACAAACAAUCCAAACUUUCGAGACAGCACAAAAUAGUAAACAUAUUUCAGACAAUGAAUGUCUGUGAUAAACUGUUACCAUACCAGGACACUAUUACGUGGUGAUAUCAAAAAGUUGUGUGGAACUGAAUGAAACAGGGUCAAGAGAAAGUUGUUAUAGUCAGAAAACGUAAAACUUGGUAUUGACACAACUUUUCCUGUAAAAUUUCUUGCAGGAUUGUACAAGUUAUUGUUGUUGUUCAGUGAAGAAUGUACAAAUUUCAUACAAAAUUUUAAUCUUUUUAUAUAUGAGAUUACUUUCUUCCAUGUUUACUUCCUACUAGGAUUGAUUUUCAUCAAAUUGGUUUAUGGAAGUGGGGAAUCACAAGUGGUUACAAAAAGAUGAUUGUUAAUUUGAGGUCUAAUAUAUGAAAUGAUUAGUGAAAGGUUUUAUCUCUGACAAUUGAGCAUUGAUAGAUCUUGACUAUAUAAUCAGCGAACAUAUUGUUUAUUACAUUUUGUAAUAAGCUUGUCAUGUUGAACGUUGUAAAUAUGUGAAUUGUUGCUAGAAAAUGAAAAUGCUGUGAUGGGGAUGAUGUUGCUUGUUUAUUUUCUCAGAUUAGUGCCUUAUCAAGCUGGAAAGAGUUGGUCCCAGAGAAUUUCUUUUCAAGUAUUAUAUUGGAUCUUUCUCUAUUCAGAGAUAUGUCCUUUAAGUUCUACUUAAUGUUAAGUAUGUGAACUGCACAUUUACUAAUUUUGUAUGUUGAGCUUCAACAGCUUUUUGUUUUGGGUGCCAGAGUGCACUUUGCAAGAAAUAUAGGAUAUGAAAAUGAAAGUCUUGCAAUUUACUUUGCAUUAUAAGUUAUUGUGGCUACAGCUUGGUAAUGUGUGUUUCUUUUAAAGUUUACUGAGAAAAUAAAUGAUUUUUAUAUAUAUAUAUAUCUUGUCUGAAGUUUUAUAAAUGUACAUAAACGGUACAUCUGGAAAUAGAGUACUGACAGUCAACAAUGAAUUGGUGGUUGUUUUUAUCCCCUUCCUUCUUAGCAUGAACUUUUUUUAAAUGCAAAAAACAAAAAACAAAAACAAUUCAGUUAAUCAUUUACAAAAAGGAAACAAAAAAGUACAAUACAAAAGAACCUCAAGGAACCUCGAGGUCCAAGUUGGUAAGAACUUGGGGGCAUGUGGGAUUAACAGACUGAUUUUAUCUUAAUCUUAAGGAAUUUCAUCUUCUCAUUGACAAAUUUAUGUGCCUUAAGUGAUUUAAAGCAAAAUUACCUAGUAAUUAAAGCAAAAUUAGCAAUGUAUUUUCUUUUUUGUUAUUACAAAUGUCAUGGCAGCAAAGAUUCUAUUAUAGAAGUAUUCCUAAAAACAUCUUAAAAAAUUGUAUUGACAAACCUUAAUCUUGAAAGUAAGACCAGUUUUUGGUCUUUGGGGUUCAGGCCAUGACUUGGUGAAGUGUUGAGUUAUUGAGUUGCAUUGAAUAUGCGGGAAUCUAAUGCUACAGUGUGCACCCUUGUAAACAAAAAGUCUAGGCGGGUAGAAAAUAAAGUAAUUUGAUAUCAUUUUACAUAAACAUUUAACACUGUUUCACUUAUCUCCUGUAAUUUGAACUCCAAUAGAAAGACUGAACACUGUAGACUUAAAAUGGCAAGGGAAAACUGCCAACAUUUAAACUUGUAGCUAAUUUUAUAGAAUUUUGUAUAGAGAGAAACUAACACUGCAAAGAAGAUAAAGGAGAACAAAAUUUGAGAUGUCAGUAAUUUAUAUUAUUGAUGUCCUGCUGAUUGAUGGAAGGCAUGAUUCUUCUCCAAUACUUAAUCUUAAUGAAUGGGAAAGAUGAUAGCAUUUUCAAAGAUUGAAUAGUGUCAUACACAAAAAAAUAAAAUGAUAUAUGAGUAUUCAUAGUUUGAUUAUUUUAGAAGCUUUUAAUGUUUUCAUCAAAGUAAUUAUGUGAAAAUGCCAGUAAAUAAUAAUAAAGUGAAACUGACUUUGAAAUAUAAAGAUACACUUUGAAGUAAAAAAUAAUUUUAAACAUGCAUUUCAUCUUUCUAUUUAAUAAUGAUUAUUACAUGGUACUAAUUUUUUAAUAAAGUCAUUGCCAAAUGAAAAGACUAUAUGUAUGUUUGAAAUCUGUUUUUUCCUUUUUUGAAGUUGGUUUUACACUAUUUUUUUAUAUUUCAUUUUUGGGAAGAGGCCCUGCUGGAAAAAAAAAAAAGUAUCAUUCCCUCCUCGAAAUGUCUGUCUGUUUCUCUGAGAAAAGAUGUCAUCUGCAUUUUUGUAUAAUUUUUGAAAAUUGAAAGGUUUAAAUGAAUACACAGACACCAUUUACAGGACAACAUAAAACUUACUACUUCAGUCAUAUACCUUCAUUCCCUCCUUGUUCUCUUGAAAGAUUUUAUAACCUCAUUGUUUGUGUCUUUAUUUGAAAAAAAUAUUCCUGCAAUCUUUUAACCUGAUAUAGGCAAUUGUUUAGUGACUGAACAUAUCUAUAAGUGAGUUUUGAUAGAACAAAGUUAUAAAAUUUGACCAUCGGUAUAAUUCAGUGAAUUGCUUAGUAUCCAUUCAAAAAAUUUGAUGAAAAAAUGCAGAGUAGUUUUUGAAAAACUCUUUACAAUUGAAUUUAAAAGUAUGGAAAAAAUACUUACUUGAAAAAACUGUGAAAUGACAAUUUUAACAUGAACAUUAAUUAUAAAAGUGAUAAUAUUGACA